AUGAAUUUAUUUCGAUGUAAAUGCUACAAGGGACUACUGCAUCGCAAAAUAGUAUCUCUGGUGCUUUUCUCGUAUUUUGUAAUGAUAUUUCUUUUUCUACUGAACUUAGACAUUAUUCAGUCAAAUUCCCAAAGCGUCGACUCUACAAAAGGAGUAGCAAGCGAUUCGAUACCUGUUAGAGGAAACUCGCUAAAAAAGGAAACAAGUCUUUUGGCUCUUUUAAAACAACUGGCUUUAUCGCACAAAACUGUACUCCAGCGUCCAAAAAAUAACACUAAAAACUUCGAAAGUGACCAGAAAUUUAUAAAGCCUACGACAGGUAACGUAACACACGUCGAUCCAGUUCCCCUGAGAAAUCCGAUUCUAGACCUGAAACAUGAAAAGGCAGGAGAUUUUAUUGUCAUAGGCGAAGAAGCAUUUGUUUACUCUGCCUUCAUCGAUGACAGGAAAAUACCCAGUUUUGUCAGAAUAAUGACCCUGCUGUCCCAGACAGCUUCAAAUCAGCCCAUGUACUGUCUUUUCAGUGAGACAGCAGCUGUCCAACCACUUCAAAUGGUGCGAUACGAGCUGUGUGAGAACCAUAACAGAAAAUUUGGAGGGUAUAUUUAUUCCUGCCGUGUGCCAGACUUUGUUGACAGUCGGACUCUGGAAUUUGUAACCAUAUUUUUCACAAAGUCGGGAUCAAACGUAUCAUUACCCCUGCUACCAGUGAGGCCCCCAGGACAUAAAGCAGCCCAACUAGACUUGUUUCCAAACAGGACUCAUGCAAACGACUCAAUUCAGAUAGAAAAGAAUUACAGGACCAGCAUGGAACUAGCUUCUAACGUCUCUUCAAAGAAUUUAGACGAACAAACAAAAACAUUCACUUUUGCAAUCUGCAUAUCCCCAUUGUUUGGGAACAUUUCAGUGCAUAGGCUCGUUGAAUUUAUCGAGCUCUCACGUCUUCUUGGCACCCAGCAUUUUAUUUUCUACAAUCACAGUUUGACUCUCGAGAUAUCAGACGUCCUAGAGUAUUACAUUAGCAAGAACCUUGCAUCAGUUCUACCAUGGACACUGCCUCCUGAAAUGCAUACAGACACCAGCAGUAUGUUUGUAUGGUACUUUGGGCAACUUCUUGCACACAACGACUGUCUAUAUCGCGCUAUGCCUCGUUUUGAUCUAGUAGCCUUUAACGACAUUGACGAAUUUAUUGUGCCGCAUUCCAAUGCAAAAUACUGGAGAGAUGUCUUUCCUUCGAUGCUGACAGAUGAUCGUUGUGGAUUUUCUCUGCAGAGCGCCUACUAUGAUCCCGGCAGUAGAGAUACAUUUACCAGAGACUUGCUAACACCCAUUCUCGUGGAGAAAACCAAGGUUUAUAGCACGGUUCGUAGGAAAGUGAUGCUCUGCCCUUGGCGAGUGUUUGAAGUAGGGAUCCACCAUAUCAGCAAGCAGAACCGAGAGGAGUGGCUGCCGCUUCAAGUGGAUCCUGAAGUAGCUUACCUUCACCACUACAGAAGCUGCCUGGGAGACUACGGCAUGUCCUGCAGCCACAAGGUGAACGACACUAUAAUUUCUGAUCGUUAUUUGAAGGAUCUGACCAUCAACUUCAACAGGGUCCUUGCAGAUAUUGGUUCAUCCCAAAAUGUCCUUGGUUUGGCAUCAAAAAAUAUAACGUAA